AUUCAAGUUCUCACAAUCCCAAUUUGCCUAUCAAUUCCCAUCGACUGCCGCAAUGACAGCACCAGAACGCACUCAAUUCACCAACCCUCUGCCCAAGCCAAAUCGGUUUGUCACGACAAAUAACUCGGAGGGCCAGUCGGUUUACUCAAAACGGCUCCCGGGACCUGUGGAGUUCUGGCCUGUCGGCCCCGAAAAUGAGCCUGCUGGCUUCGGCCUCGGUUACACCACUUCGUCGGUCCCAGUACGCCUGACAAACGACCAAGAUCUCACCGAAAUGACGUCAAACUACAAUAAACGCAAACAAAGCGGCCUUGUCAAGAAGGGGGGCAGCGUCGUGCGAUACGUCGACUACCCGCCCAAGGCCAGCUCCCCAAUGCAUCGCACUGUGAGCUGUGACUAUGCGAUAGUCCUUAUUGGCGAGAUGGAAUGCCUCUUGGAUUCGGGCGAAAAACGACUUCUUAAGCCUGGAGACAUUUUAGUCCAGCGAGGCACCAUGCAUCAGUGGGUCAACUAUACUGAGUCCUGGGCGAGAAUGCUAUACGUCUUGCUGGAUGCAUCAUUAGUAGUAGAUGGUCAGGCGAUUACGGAGAAACUUGGGGAUAUGCGAGGGGUAUCUGCUUCAAUUUAA